CAGUGGAUUAUGGGAUGUGAGAGUUUUCCCCCGUUCCUAUCCGGAAAAGCUGAGAGGAGUCUUUUGUGUGUUUGUUGUGCUCCUGGGGAGGGGAAUGGUUGGAGCUGCUGGAGGAGGAAGCAGCAAGGGAGGCCGUACGAGCUGAUCUCAGAUGGCGCUGGACCUCGGCAAGAGAUUACUGGAGGCGGCACGCUGUGGAGAAGAUAAUGAAAUAAGACUGUUAAUGCAAAAUGGCGCCCCUUUCACUACAGACUGGCUGGGAACAUCCCCUCUACACCUGGCCGCACAGUACGGGCACUAUUCCACAGUUAAAGUGCUCCUGCAGGCUGGCAUUAGCAGAGAUGCCCGCACUAAGGUGGAUAGGACCCCGCUGCAUAUGGCGGCAGCAGACGGACACACUCCUAUAGUAGAUCUGCUCAUUAAGAAUGGUGCCAAUGUCAAUGCCAGGGACAUGCUAGAGAUGACGGCGUUGCACUGGGCCUCCGAGCACAAUCACCACGACGUGGUUCACUUACUGAUCAAGUCCGGGGCGGACGUGAACUCUUACAACAAAUUCGGCAAGACUCCCAUCGACAUUGCGCUGGACAAGAACAACCACGAGCUGCUGGUUACCAUGCAGGAGGCUCUGCAGGGCAAGCCCCGAACAAGGAGACCCAAUGUCAUCUCUGUAUCUUCCCCGCAGUAUAUCUUGGCUCCCGUGGCAAAUGUGAAAUCCUCUCACGGUCAAGGUGCUGAAGUUGUGACGUUGGACCCCUCGGUGCAGCAGAUGGUACAAAAUGGAGGUCAGAGAGUGAUAACAAUCGUAACGGACGGCAUUCAGCUGGGCAGCCUCCAAGGGCAACUUUCUGUGGGAAGCCUCUGCAGUGCUCCUCUAGUAACCAUCCAGAACGGAGCGGAAGGUAGCCUCCCAAAUGCCCAUUCCCUGGCUGUAGAGGUGGCUGAAGAGCAAGUUGUAGAAGAGACCGUGGUGGUGGAAGUGUCGCCGCCUUCUCCUCCUGCCAAAAAGUACCGAGUUACGUCGGUUGCUACAGAGGAAGGCCCUGAGGGCAACAGAGUCCAAGCCAGGCAACUGUUAGAGCAGCAGCUGAAGGAAGCCAACCUCCGUGCCCGUGAGUUCCGACAGCAGCUCCGAGAGAAAGAACAAGAGGCCGAGGCCUACAGAGUCAAGCUGGAGAGCCUGGAACGGCAGCAGGUCAACGGGGACAGUUUCACUGUAGUGGAGGAGGGAGACACCAUUAUUGUAUCGGCAGAGGAGCUCGCAGGAGUGGAAGUCACAGAGGUAGAGACAGUGGAGCAGCAUUGUGACAUCCCAGCAGAGAGUGCCACUUAAGAGACAGAAUAUGUUCUAAAUGAGCAUUCUUCCAUAUUGGAACUGCUGCCUCGGAGACUGCACCUACUGACCUGCAAUGCCUUAGCCAUACAGCCGGCGUUAGCGACCCCGGAAUCCACCCAGGCUUCUGCUUUUAUACGGAAGGAUCUGGCUGCCCAGGGAGUCUCUUCUAUUGGCUUAUAUUGUCUCCUGUGCUAUUGCUUAGCCUCUGGCAGCCAAUGGGCUUCAUGUGUAUAUUUAUAUAUAUAUAUCUAUAUCUCAAUAUAAUGACAUUUCCUAAUGGUUUUAAUGGAAGGGCGCAGGCUCCUAUGCUAUGAAUUUUCCGUCUGCAGAAAGAAGCAGUCUCGGUGCUGUUCCCAUGGUGACAGUUGCAAGUGCCUUUGUGUGUGUGUUUGCCCCCCUGUGCUUGCUGCCUUAUUAACUCAGCCCCCAGUCCUGGCGUGGGAAGUGGGGAGCAGUCCCCCCACCUUCCUGUUCCCCAGCAUGAUUUGCACAUAGGAUUCGGCUGACAGAAGCCAGAACAGAUCAAUGUGUAUAUUAUUGUUCACUUACACGGCACAGCAGCUAGUAGCCCCCACUGUAGGGCUCACAAUGGGUUUAAAUACGAUUUGUAUUGGGACAAGCACCCCCAGCCAUUAAGGUGGGUUAUCGUACAGGGAGAGGAGCUUAGCUCCCAGCUGAUUGGCUGCUUUCUGAUAGAUUCUGUAACGGCUGUUUUACCCCCUAGUGGCAGCUUCCUGCUCAGGCAGGAAUGGGUAGAAGUAGCACAGGGGUGGGCAAACUUUUAGGUUCGGGCCGUAAUUUGCCCACCCCUGGGUUACUAUAUCUUAAAGGGCAUAUAAUUUCCAUGGAGUGCUCUUUCACAUAGUUUCAUGCAGUUUAUAUUCAUUUUCAGUUUCUAGCAGUUUUAGGCUAUGUACAACUACUCUCACUCGUAGUUGCCCUGCUGGUUAAGUCACCAAACAGACUCCGCUCUGAAUGGUUCUUUCAAUGGGGGUUGUGUAAUUGAAGGCACUAAGCUUGCCCAGGAGCAGGAACCCAUAGCAACCAAUCAGCAGAUAGAAUUCACUGGUCACCUGUUUAAAAGUAGACUCCCUGAUUGGUUGCUUUGAGUUACUGCUACUGAGCAAACUGAGAGCUGGAGGGAAGGAGCUCAACUACCCCAGUAAUGAAAUAUUCCACCCUGUCCGCAUGGGUGGGUCACCCUACAGCCCCAUUACUAUCAGUUUGAAACUGUUAAUAUCUCAGCAACCACUGACAAUGAAUGCAGUGCAGUCCGUUGGGACCUGGAGCUGAGAUCCUGGGCCAUGAUCCGCCAAUAAGCAUGUCAUGGUGUAUGAGUCCUGCAGUUGUACUGGUCAACACACACACACACAGUAAUACCCUAUAUGUAUAUCAUUCAGUAAUGCAGCCUUCCAGGUCUUGUCUUACUACAACUCCCAGAACUGUCUGCUGCUUGGGGAUUCUGGGAGUUGUAGUUUAGCAACAUCUGGAGGGCUGCACUUUUUUUCCCCCCAGAUGUUCUUUGUUACAGUAUGUAGUUUCAAUGCGUCCUUAUUAUAAAGUCUGCUUUCCCACUAGGUGCCUUAAUGGUGUCGGAGAUCACGCCGCCUCGCUCCUACCCAUACACAGGCCAAUUUCAGCUGCCGAUAUUGGUCCUUUAGACCGAUUGGGCAGCUUAUCUGUGUAUGGGCACCACCAACGGGCCUCCCCGACCAAUAUCUGACUCGCAUUGGCUCGUUGCUGUGGUCCCUGAGCCAACCUAUGCCUGCUGUUUGAAUUCACUCGUUUGGUCCUGGGGCCAAACGAUCGAAUUAGCCCGAUAGGUGGGUAUACAGUGCAUCCAGCGGCUGAAGUGCCCCUGCCAAUAGGAAAUAGACCUAGUGAUUAAGUGUAGUUACUUAACAGCCAAUAAGAUCUCUGCAUUCAUUUUCUUAUUUGAGACAGAUAAAAGCCGUUUGCUUAUUGGUCGUUAAUGGAUUCCUGCACCAAUGACUUUUAUUAUUAACGCAGCCCCUGAUUUGCUUUGCUUGCAUGUCUGUUCAUUGCAUUUAAGCCUCACAGAUUCCCCCCCCCCCCCCUCCCCAAAAUAAAUGUGCAAGUUUGUUGUGGGAGGAGCUAAUAAAGAUGUUACAGAGGGGUAAUAGCUUUAUGUACAGGAUUAUUAUAAGUUAAGUUGAAGCCAAUGUUUUUCCUAUGGGAAACCAUUCUAGUUUAAGCCGCAGAAAGUAUUUUUACGUUUUUAUUUUUUGUUUUUAAAUCCUGUUGCCCUAUGGUAUGCUACACGUUUUGUACUAAUUUUGUAAAGAGUUUUUAUAUUUCAUUAAAGACAUUUAUAUUUUGAUUUA